AUGUCUGAAUUCUACGGAAUCCUCACGCCUAGUUCUCAGGAACUCUUCAGUGCUUGGGAAGCAAAUAUCACAGCCUUGAAUGUGUAUCAGCUGUUGGGACCUGGCAAUUCUACGUACUCCGUUUUAGCCAGAGUCAUUGACGAUCAAGAUAAAGUUUUGCUGUCUAUAAUUCUUGAAACCAUUGUUCCUGCUGGUGACUGGUUAGACGCCUAUGUGACCAAGUUGAACAGUGAGAUUGAAGGCGAGGAUGACUUGUUUGCUGACUUCGAAGAAUCAACAACAACCGAGACUACAUUGAAUCACUCUGUUUAG